GGGAGAGCAAGAGGAGGGGCCCCGCUGAAAAGGACGGGCUCCCUGCAGCCCCGAGUCAGAAGUGAUGGCGUUUCUGGAGAAGUGACACUUUCCACCCAGAAGAACAGAUUUAAUCAGAAUCCAUCAGACACUGCAACUUGCUGAGAAUCUUUGACAGGACUCUGCUUCUCGAAACCAGCCCCCUCCAGGGCUGCUCUGUCUGAGGGGUCCUGACAGAGAGAAAGGGAAGGAGCAAGAAUCCCGGACUGGAACCCGGAACUGUGAUGACCAGGGAGGUGAUCCCAGCCACUCUGCUGGGACGGCAGGGACGUUGAGGGUGGGACCAGGCAGAGCACGAGUGCAAGUGACCGUUUUGACACCCAGGUGAGGCCACAUCCGCAGACAAGCUGUUGCCAUGACGCUCCCCUUGGUGGUUCUGCUGCUGUCUGUGGCCUCUUGGUCAGCAAGCUCGGUGGUGGGAAAGACCCAAGAGUUUGACAAUAGCAAUGAGGGCCCAGAGCAGGACUUCCUGUAUGCAGAGCAGCCCCGGGCAAGGCAUGGACGUGCCGCCAGUGAUGCCCAGCAGCCAGACAAGUGCUCAUAUACCUUCAUUGUGCCCCAACAGAAGGUGACGGGUGCCAUUUGCGUCAACUCCAGGGAGCCAGAUGCACUGCUGGAGAAUCGUGUCCACAAGCAAGAACUGGAGCUGCUCAAUGGUGAGCUGCAGAAACAGAAGCGGCAAAUUGAGACACUGCAGCAGCUGGUGGAGGUGGAUGGUGGGCUGGUUAACGAGGUGAAGCUGCUCCGCAAGGAGAGCCGGAACAUGAACUCGCGUGUCACACAGCUUUACAUGCAGCUGCUGCACGAGAUCAUCCGCAAGCGUGACAACGCACUGGAGCUGUCACAGCUUGAGAGCCGUGUACUCAAUCAGACUACGGAGAUGCUGCAGCUGGCCAACCGCUACAAAGACCUUGAACACAAGUACCAACAUCUUGCUGCUCUGGCUAACAACCAGUCAGCAGUCAUCGCUCGACUGGAGGAGCAAUGUCAGAGGGUGCCGGUGGUCAUCCGGCCACCCAUCCAGCCACACCCCCACCCACAGCCACCACGCCCUCAACCACCACCAUCACCACCCAUCAGUCGCCCCUACCAACCACCCACCUACACCCGUCUCACCAAUCAGAUCACUAAUGAGAUCCAGAGUGACCAGAACCUGAAAGCACUGCCACCCCCACUUCCUACAAUGCCCAGCGGCACACACAGCCCGUCUACAACUAACAAUCCCUCGGGACCAUUCAGAGAUUGCCUGCAUGCACUGGAGGAUGGCCACAGCAACAGUGGCAUAUACCUGGUAAAGCCAGAGAAUGCCAAUCGGCUGAUGCAGGUGUGGUGUGACCAGAGGCAUGACCCCGGUGGCUGGACUGUCAUUCAGAGGAGACUGGAUGGCUCUGUCAACUUCUUCAGGAAUUGGGAAACAUACAAACAAGGCUUUGGGAACAUUGAUGGGGAGUACUGGCUGGGCCUGGAAAACAUCUACUGGCUGACCAACCAAGGAAACUAUAAGCUGUUAGUAACGCUGGAGGACUGGUCAGGCCGGAAGGUGUUUGCCGAGUACGCCAGCUUCAGGCUUGAGUCAGAGACAGAGUUCUACAGGCUACGUGUGGGCCGUUAUCAUGGCAACGCGGGCGACUCACUUACCUGGCAUAACGGCAAGCAGUUCACAACGCUGGACAGGGAUCAUGAUGUGUACACAGGUAACUGUGCCCACUACCAAAAGGGGGGCUGGUGGUACAACGCAUGCGCCCACUCCAACCUCAACGGCGUGUGGUACCGGGGCGGACAUUACCGCAGCCGCUACCAGGAUGGAGUCUACUGGGCUGAGUUUAGGGGCGGGGCGUACUCCUUGAAGAAAGUGAUCAUGAUGAUCCGGCCGAACCCCAACACCUUCCAUUAAACACCAUCCUGAGGGAGGAAAAAACAUCUGAACUGCUAUGUUUGCAGAAUGUCGGUCCUCAGUGUCCUAAGUUUUUUCCCUUUCUCAAGGUGCAAUUCAUCCAAUUCAAACCAUUUCAACUGACAAUUAUGUUUAACCAUUUCUUUCCUUUUUUAAUCUUCUAUGUAGUUGUGUGUCAUGACUAUCUAGAGAAUAUACCAUGGGAAGUGCAAUGACCGUACAGGCGGUCUCAAAGACACUGUGAUGGGGAUCUCUGGGUGCUCCUCACCCUGAAAAUAAUGUGUCCAGAUUGAUGCCUCAGACAGAAGACCAUCAUGGGUGGGUGGGAGGCAAACCAAGACAGCGGCCCUUUUCAGAAGAACUUGACACUUAAGAACAUACAGGCUCCAUGCAUUUAUUUUGUGGGUGUAUGUUCACUUUUCUCCCUUUCGGUGCUACCCAGACAGACAACACAACAGUCACACUUACCGACUGAAAAAGAAACUCACAGUAGCUUGUUUGGUUUGGGUCACAUUUAAUUUCCUUCACGAUGCCCAAUUUUAUAAACAAGCAUGAAAACGAAACAGAGUGCAGCAGUCACAUGCUGCAAGAGUUUUCCAACAGCCUGACAGCAGGAAAAAACAAACAGAAAAUUUCACGACAUUUUCCCAAAGCAUUUA